CUCCACGGUGAUGGAUGCGUGUUUGCGAAUAGCCCACCCCAAAAAACCUUCGUUAUCAGUAUCCGGAAAACGGCUAAUCUGUGCAUUUGUUCCGGUGCCCAGGCCGCGGUUCUCUGGGUCCACAAUGCAAUACAGCAGCGUGCUGAUAACACGCGACUGUGUCCGGUGAUCCGAAAGAGGUGUAUUUGAGCGAGGUUUAGAUAAAAAUGUUGCCACCACAAACCACCGCUACCACGAGAGCCGGUUAAGCGACGGUUCAGUAUCGCCCUGAACACGGUUCCCGGAGGAGUGUGUUGUUGACCAAAACCGUUGCAUCGACGAGCGGAAAUGUGUGGCAUACUGCGAUGCUGUUGUGAUUGCACCAAGCGCAUAGCUUGCUGCUGCUGUACCUGUGCCCUUCAGACGCUCUGCUGUAUGGUCUUCAUAGUGGUCAUCAUCUGUCUGGCGAUCGGUUUAGGCGUCUACUUCGGUGUGUUCCACAAUCGGGACUCGGAUUCCGAUACCACCACCACCACCACACCGUCUAGUGCACUGCUGCGAGCCCUGCUACCCGAGGGCAUGGUGGACGACAAGGAACCGGCCUGGGUGUACUAAGCACGGAGCUCUCAGGCCAAGCGCGCUGUGAUAUGUGUUUUCUUUCUUUAGUGUUAAGCAUUGCCUCCUUUGUUUAAGUGCCUUCCGAAGCCCGCGAGGUGCGUAAGACGAACGAAAAUCAUUCCGUGAAUAAAUCGUGGCCUACUGGCAUAA